GCCAACAGGGUUUUCUGUGAGCGCGGAUCUCCGCGUCCUGAGAGACACCUGCGAUGGCGUUCCUGUGUCAGAGGGAUAGCUACGCCCGGGAGUUCACUACCACGGUGGUCUCCUGCCGGCCUGCAGAGUUACAGACCGAAGGAAGCAAUGGCAAGAAAGAAGUGGUGAACGGUUUCCACGUGGUGCUGGAAGACACGCUGCUUUUCCCCGAGGGCGGGGGACAGCCUGAUGACCGAGGUACAAUCAAUGACAUCGAUGUGCUGAGAGUGACGCGCCAGGGGUCCCAGGCUGAUCAUUUCACACAGAUGCCCCUAGCCCCUGGGAGCCAGGUCCAGGUCCAGGUGGACUGGGAGCGGAGGUUUGACCACAUGCAGCAGCAUUCAGGGCAGCAUCUCAUCACAGCAGUUGCUGACGAUCUGUUUGGGUGGAAGACAACAUCAUGGGAGUUAGGACGACUCCGGAGUGUGAUUGAGCUGGACAGCCCCUCGGUGACGGCUGAGCAAGUAGCUGCCAUUGAGCAGAGCGUCAAUGAAAAAAUCAGAGAUCGGCUGCCUGUGAAUGUGCGAGAACUGAGCCUGGAUGAUCCUGAGGUGGAGCAGGUGAGGGGCCGAGGUUUGCCGGAUGAUCACGCUGGACCCAUUCGAGUUGUUACCAUCGAGGGCGUUGAUUCCAACAUGUGCUGUGGGACCCACGUGAGCAAUCUCAGUGAUCUUCAGGUGAUUAAGAUUCUGGGUACUGAGAAGGGAAAAAAGAACAAAACCAACCUGGUAUUUCUGGCUGGGAACCGGGUGCUGAAGUGGAUGGAGAGAAGUCACGGAACUGAAAAAGCCCUGACCGCUCUGCUUAAGUGUGGAGCAGAGGAGCAUGUGGAAGCAGUGAAAAAGCUACAAAACUCCACUAAGCUUCUGCAGAAGAACAACCUGAAUCUGCUCAGAGACUUGGCUGUGCACACUGCCCAUAGCCUCAGGAACAGCCCAGACUGGGGAGGUGUGGUCGUAUUACACAGGAAGGAGGGUGAUUCUGAGUUCAUGAAUAUCAUUGCCAAUGAGAUUGGGUCAGAGGAGACCCUCCUGUUCUUAACCGUGGGCGAUGAGAAAGGUGCUGGGCUCUUCCUGCUGGCAGGACCAGCCGAGGCCGUGGAGAACCUGGGGCCAAGGGUGGCUGAGGUUCUGGAAGGCAAAGGAGCUGGGAAGAAGGGCCGCUUUCAGGGCAAGGCCACCAAAAUGAGCCAGCGGGCAGAAGUGCAGGCGCUUCUCCAGGACUAUAUAAGCACGCAGAGUGCUGAGGAGUGAGAACUCAGCAUGCCCUCCCCAGUGGUCCUGCCAUUGAGAACAGGCCUCCUGUGACCACAGAAGGGGUCUGUUGGACAAUAAAAUAGUUUGACUCAAGUGGUUGUCGUAUACACAUGUUUAUCUGACUAAUUUGUACAGUAUACUCCAGUGUGCUUAUGCAAAUUAGUAUUUCUUUUUGAAUAAACCAUUUUUUAAUUUGGGCCUUAUUAGGUAUAAUCUACAUGAGUAAGCAUUAUGUUGAUGAAAUGUACUGAUUUAUCUAGGUCAGUAUGUUUUAAUCUACCCUUAUGUUAGAUUAUGGCGACCCCAUGUGUGUUAAGAGUAGAAUUGUACUCCAUAGGGAUUUCAGUGGCUGCGUUUUCAGAAGCAGAUUGCCAGGCCUUUCUUCUGAGGCAACUCUGAAUGGACUCGAACCUCUAACCUUUUGGUUGGCAGCUGAGCACGUCAACCAUUUGAGUUACCCAGCUUGUCAUAAAAGUACUGAUUUAUCUAAACUCAGCUGAAACAUUUCUUAAUGCAGAAAUGUAGUUGCCUAAGGAUAGUGGAAGUCAGUUUGGAGGCUUGACCAAGGGCUUAGACUCAUUCAAAUCUUCUUGUUUUCUUCUUUUCUUUUUUUUUCUUUUCCUUUCUUUUCCCAGUCUAGUGCUUCAGAACUAAAAAAAAUCAAUGAUUUUGCAAAUAGGUCAGGAAGUCAGAAAAA